AGGAGCCACCGCGCCGCGCAUGCGCUCGGGAAGGAGUGAGUCCGUGAGGCUACAGAGCUGUUGCUGCUGCUACCACCCGGCUGUCCUCGCGAAGGCAGCCCAGCAGCGGCGCCUGUGAUUGGCCGAGCUGUACGUCACUCACAGCCCGGGCUGGAUCAAGUUGCCCGGCGGCCGCGGCUGUGUCUGUGUGAGGAGCUCCGGCAGUGUGAGGCGGAGGAGAACGGCGGCGGUGUGUGAGGAGCUCCGGCGCCCGGGCAAGAUGAUGAAGUUUCGCUUCAGGCGGCAGGGGCACGACCCCCAGAGGGAGAAGAUCAAGCAGGACCUGUUUGCCUUCAACAAGACCGUGGAACAUGGAUUCCCCAACCAGCCGAGCUCCCUUGCCUACGACCCGGUGCUGAGAAUCAUGGCGAUCGGUGCUAAAUCUGGAGCGAUUAAGAUAUAUGGGGCCCCUGGUGUGGAGUUUACUGGACUGCACAAGGAUAUGGCAACCGUGACCCAGAUGCACUUCUUACCUGGACAGGGCCGGCUCCUCUCUCUGCUGGAUGACAACACCCUACACUUGUGGGAGAUGCAACUAAAGGACGGCUGCUCCCGUAUAGAAGAAAUCUGCAGCUUCAUCCUCCCGGGCCGGCCAGGGUUCGACUACGCUAAUUCCCCUCCAAGUGUCACGCAUGUGACGGUGAUCCUAGUGGCAGCCUCCUGUGACGUCGCCGCCCUGGGGACAGAAGGAGGCGGUGCUUAUUUCCUGCAGAUCCCAAGUCUGAAACUCCUGGAGGAUGAGACCUUGCUGCAGGACAAAGUGUUACACAGUCUCCCAGAUGAAUACAGAUGUGGGAAAGCCCUGGGCCCGGUGGAGUCUUUACAGCAGCAUCCACAGCAUCCAGGAAAGAUAUUGAUUGGCUACAGCCGGGGGCUGGUGGUUUUAUGGGACCGAGAGUCCAGGACGGUGGAGCAUCUCUUCUUGGGGAACCAGCAACUGGAAAGUCUGUACUGGGAGAGCAGUGGCAUGUCAUUAAUCAGCUCUCACAGCGACGGCGGCUACAUGGUGUGGGCAAUGAACAGUCAUUCCGCCACUACAUCACAGCCUGUGACCUCUACAAUACCGUAUGGUCCUUUUCCCUGUAAAGCCAUCAACAAAAUUCAGUGGCAGUCCAGCAGCUCUGGGAAUCAUUACAUCAUAUUCAGCGGCGGCAUGCCCAGGGCCAGCUAUGGAGACCGGCACUGCGUCACCAUCAUGCAAGGGAAGACUCUGGUUACCUUAGACUUCACCUCCCGACUCAUAGACUUCUUUACAGUGUGUCCACUCCAGAGUGAGGACGGUUUGGACAAUCCCAUCGCUCUGGUGGUCCUGGUAGAAGAAGAGUUGGUUGUCAUUGACUUGCAGACACCUGGCUGGCCGACUGUACCUUCACCCUACCUUGCCCCGCUCCACUCCUCCGCGAUCACUUGCUCCUAUCACAUCUCCAAUGUCACGCUCAAGCUGUGGGAGCGGAUCCUAAUCGCUGGCGAGCAGCAGAAUCCACAGCUCUCCUCUGCGAACUGGCCAAUAGAUGGUGGAAGGAGCUUGGCUGAGGAACCAUCACAGAGGGGUCUCCUGCUUACUGGACAUGAGGAUGGCACAGUCCGGUUCUGGGAUGCCUCUGGCGUUGCCCUGCGACCUCUCUACAAACUGGGGACAGCCGCCAUCUUCCAAACAGACUCUGACCACAAUGAUAGCUCCAACCAGAGUGGUGAUGAGGAUUGGCCACCUUUCCGCAAGGUGGGCUGCUUUGACCCAUAUAGCGACGACCCCCGACUGGGCAUUCAGAAGAUCGCGCUCUGCAAGUACAGCGGAAAAAUGGUGGUGGCAGGAACUGCAGGACAGGUUCUUGUAAUGGAUCUGAGUGACGAGAAGUCUGAUCACGUGAUCAACGUGGCCACCGUUGACCUCCUACAAGACCGAGAAGGCUUCACGUGGAAAGGGCACGACAGGCUGACUCCGAGAAACGGUUCCUUCUUUUUCCCACCUGGUUUCCAGACCACCAUGCUGGUGCAGUGCAUGCCACCUGCUGCAGUCACCGCCGUCGCCUUACACUCUGAGUGGAAUCUGGUGGCUUUUGGCACCAGCCACGGGUUUGGGCUCUUUGACUAUCACCGGAGAAGCUCUGUGCUUGCCAGGUGCACCCUGCACCCCAAUGACUCUCUAGCCAUGGAAGGUCCCCUCUCACGUGUCAAGUCUUUGAAGAAAUCUCUUAGACAGUCCUUUAGACGAAUAAGGAAGAGCAGAGUGUCCGGGAAGAAGAGACCAAUCCCCAGUAACCCGACUAGCAGGCUCCAAGAGGCAAAUGCCCACCUGGCUGAGCAGGCCAGCCCCCACGACCUGGAUAUAGCCCCAGUGCAGCGAAGGAUUGAGCCACGUUCUGCGGACGACUCACUUUCUGGUGUCGUUCGCUGCUUGUAUUUUGCCGACACAUUCCUACGGGACGCUGUCCACCAUGGCCCUACGAUGUGGGCAGGCACCAACUCUGGCUCGGUGUUUGCAUACGCGCUGGACGUCCCAUCAAGAGAGAAAUUCUUGGACCGCUCGACAGAGGCUAUUCUGGGGAAGGAGAUUCAGCUCAUGCAUCGAGCGCCAGUGGUUUCCAUAGCCGUCCUCGAUGGGCGGGGCAACCCUCUCCCAGAACCCUUUGAGGUGUCACGUGACCUGGCAAAAGCUCCUGACAUGCAGGGUACACACUCUGUGCUUAUUGCGUCUGAGGAGCAGUUUAAGGUAUUCACCUUGCCUAAAGUCAGUGCAAAAACAAAAUUCAAGCUGACAGCCCAUGAGGGCUGCAGGGUACGUAAGGUGGCACUUGCCAACUUUACAAGUGCGACUUCUGAUGAUUACUCAGAGAACUGUCUGACAUGUCUGACCAACCUGGGAGACAUCCACGUGUUCACUGUCCCCGGGUUGCGGCCCCAAGUGCGCUACGACUGCAUCCGCAAGGAGGACAUCAGUGGGAUUGCGUCGUGCGUAUUCACAAAGUAUGGCCAAGGAUUCUACUUGAUCUCGCCCUCGGAAUUUGAAAGAUUUUCGCUCAGUGCCAAAAACAUCACAGAACCAUUAUGUCUGGUGGAAUUCGAAAGGCCCCACGACCAUGCGUACCAUAGUAAUAAGGACCCUUUGUCUCCAAAAAACAACCAGGCCAAUGGGACGCAUGUACCUAGGGAAUGCGAUGGGGACCAGCGCGUGCCUGAAGGAAACUCAUGCCAGUACACGCCCGCGUUUUCCCCGUCCCCGCUGGACUCUCCCUUGAACAGCAGGGACACCACACUGGACACGACCGGGGAUAUCACAGUGGAGGAUGUGAGAGAUUUGCUGGGAACCAAUGAAGAGUCUGAGAAGAAUAUGAAGAAUUCGGCAGAUGAGCCCCGACCUCCAGAGCUUCUGAUUAAAUAAGGUCAUCAGUCCUGCUGGGAUCCACCUUACCUGGAUUACACGCGGCCUCCGGACUGUUUCUGGCCGAUGACCUCUCUGGACUUUACAGAGCCAACUUCCUGUCACUAAGGAGGAGAAGGGCCAAUUGGGCUGACUGUACUCUGAUCACCACCAGCUCCCCCUAAUAUAAUGACCCCUGACUACAUUGUACACCACAGCUUCGGCCUGCUACUCUGCCGCCUCCUCUCAUUCUUCUAUGGCCAGACCUGUCUCCGAUCCGCAUAGCGCAGGCACUGAGUGCCAGGACAACAUGACACCUAGACUUAGAACGUUUGCCUUUCCUCACUGUGAAUGUUAGAACCUGCAGUCUCUAAUCCCACCUGCAUGGAUCACCUAUACAAAGUGUCGCCAGGGCACACAAUAAGAUUUUUGGACUGAAUUGUUUUGUUUUUUUUUUGCUUGCCACCCCUAAAAUCAUUUUUAAAGGAAGAAACGGUCACGACACUAAAAUUGUUCUUGUACACUCUUAUUGCCCGGACAGGAGUCACAGGCACAAACGUUUUCAGCUAACACUUAAUCACUGAACGUUGUGUAGUUCAUCGGUAACCUGGGAUGCGAACGGAUAACAUGAUUGGUCACUGAUCCCUUCCAGCCUGACUGCUCGGGACGGUGAGGAACUGGUGUUUCUUGUUUGUCUGUACGUACGCCGUUCCUUUUAUUUUUUUUACACUUUAUUUUUUAUUUUUGUAAAAUAUGUAUUUAGGAUUGCUGCUCUAUAUUCCACUGUAAUUAUGAAGCCAAGCUUCAGUUGAACACAGCAUCUUGCACUAACUACUAAACGUUUUCUCUUCCUGCAUCCGGCAUUGAAACGGUUAAUACCGUAACAGCAAUAACUGUGUCUUCUAAAUAACAGCAUGUACAGCGAGCCUGCUCGGACCCAAGGAUCCUUCUUUUAUUCCAAUUCUGGCUGUGGCAACAAUGUGAAUGUAGACGCUACCGCAGGAGUUAGUGUAGUCGAGGACUGCUAAUAUUACACAACUGUGAGUUACUGAUCCCUGCAGACUUCAGGGGUUAAUCAACUUUUUUUUUGUGUGUGUGCGCUCAUUACUCUUAGAUCUAUUUUUGUACGCCUUGCCUUCCGUUUCUGAGGCUAUUUUUGGUACUGCUUUUCUGUGAAUCUAUUACAAUUUGUAUUACGUCGCAGGUCAAGAGAUGGGCGCAGUUCUAGGCAACGUGAGGCUUCGUAGUCGCUGGAGGGAACUGCAAGUACCAUAAUGGCAUGGUUAGCGAAGCACGCGGGAAGCUGCAGAUGGAAAGCCGCCGGUUGCCUGGCCCUGAGCUGAGGGGGGUUGUUUUGCUAAUAGUACAUUUGUCUUUGACAAGAUUAUCUUUGAAGAAUUAUCCAGUUUACAUGGAUUUUAUUUUUCUGUUUAGGAUGUAAUCUUAUUAUUUUUGUUUAGCAAUUUUGUUUAGAUCUAAAACAGUUUUUAUUAAAAAAGAAAAUAAAGAA